CUUUUAUUUUGAAGCGGAGUGAAGGGAAGGGCGCUGACUUCCGCCUGGCCGAAGACAGCGGGUGCUGAGAUAGGGCGGAUUCACCGAGUCGGUACAAACAUGGACAGUCAAGGCAGGAAAGUGGUGGUGUGUGACAACGGGACCGGGUUUGUGAAGUGUGGAUAUGCCGGCUCUAAUUUCCCGGAGCAUAUUUUCCCGGCUCUGGUGGGGAGACCGAUCAUCCGCUCCACAGCCAAAGUGGGAAACAUCGAGAUCAAGGACCUGAUGGUGGGCGACGAGGCGAGCGAGCUGCGCUCCAUGCUGGAGGUGAACUACCCGAUGGAGAACGGGAUCGUGAGGAACUGGGACGAUAUGAAGCACCUGUGGGACUACACUUUCGGCCCCGAGAAGCUCAACAUCGACUCCCAAAACUGCAAGAUCCUGCUCACGGAGCCGCCCAUGAACCCCACCAAGAACCGAGAGAAGAUCAUCGAGGUGAUGUUUGAGACCUAUCAGUUCUCAGGUGUUUAUAUCGCCAUCCAGGCCGUGCUCACACUGUACGCUCAAGGUCUGCUGACGGGUGUAGUGGUGGACUCAGGUGACGGAGUCACUCAUAUCUGUCCAGUGUAUGAAGGUUUUUCUCUUCCUCAUCUCACGCGUCGUCUGGACAUCGCCGGACGAGACAUUACACGCUACCUCAUCAAGCUGUUGUUGUUGAGAGGUUAUGCCUUCAAUCACUCAGCGGACUUCGAGACGGUGAGGAUGAUGAAGGAGAAGCUGUGUUACGUGGGCUAUAACAUCGAGCAGGAGCAGAAGCUUGCGCUGGAGACCACCGUGCUGGUGGAGUCCUACACGCUGCCGGACGGUAGGGUGAUUAAAGUGGGCGGCGAGCGGUUCGAGGCUCCGGAGGCUCUGUUCCAGCCUCACCUCAUUAACGUGGAGGGAGUCGGGGUGGCUGAACUGCUCUUCAACACCAUCCAGGCCGCCGACAUCGAUACCAGGGCUGAGUUUUACAAACACAUUGUUUUGUCGGGCGGCUCUACGAUGUAUCCGGGUCUGCCGUCUCGUCUGGAGCGGGAGCUCAAGCAGCUCUACCUGGAGAGAGUCCUGAAGGGAGACGUCGACAAGCUCUCGAAGUUUAAGAUCCGCAUCGAGGAUCCUCCUCGCCGUAAACACAUGGUGUUUUUGGGUGGAGCGGUGCUAGCCGACAUCAUGAAGGACAAAGACAACUUCUGGAUGACCAGAGAGGAGUACCAGGAGAAGGGCACACGCGUCCUGGAGAAGCUGGGGGUCACUGUUAGAUAAAUCUCACACACACACACACACAUACAAACACACACACACAUGCACGCACAACAUUACACUCACAGUCACAGGGUGGCAUUUUGGCAGCGUAAACACACAGAGGUGUUCUUCAGUUUAUGAGGAUAUACUUGAGAACAACGGUAUACAAAUACUUGAACUUCUUUGCAAUCCAAAAAAAAGUGCUUCAUGUUUGUACGACAUUCCAAAUGUAAAGAUUCAUAUCAGCACCAGACAGAAAUUGAAUGAAAUCGAGUGAUUUGCUCACGAAACGACUCGUUUAUGCUGCCAAAAUUAAUCCUCAAACGAUGUAUCAUCAUAUUGUGACCUGUUUAUUUCGAGUCCUUCACAUUGACCCUAAAAAACAAAUAAAAAAAAUAAAAGAAACAGGAGGAUGUUGUGUAAGUAGAAGGACAAAACAAUAAAAAAAUUAUUUUUAAGAAAAAAAAAGUUUUGUAGUGAGUAUAAAAAUCUCCGCAGCCAAUUUGCUAAUAAAAAAAAUGAAGAAUAUAAUCGUGGCCAAUAGUAUCAAACACAAAGACGUACUUCUAAAGCAGAUUGCUUUUGCUGAAACGUCUACUUUCUUUCUCUAACUUCCCUUGAUGUCUUUCUCUGGCUUUAAUCUCAGCAUCUGCGCACUCCAUUAUUGGAUGCCCUGGAAAUAGAGCGAGAGAAAAAUGCAGUAGCGACCGGGACCAACCUCCCCAAAUAGCAUUUAACAGAACAUCUGAAGAGCGUGCUUUUGUCUAAUAAUGUCGCUGAGGAUGCUUUGAAUGCUCUCGUGAUCAGCAGAGUCUCAUUUUAGUUGUGAAAAUUGGUAUUUGGAAGUCUUUACGUGUAGACUCUCUGUUCAUGUCAUGCAGCCCGCAGUUCCAGGAUCAGUUUAAGGGACCUUCAUGAAAAAAAUAUAAUUAAUAUCAGACUGCAUUUGAAAAAAGGGAAGUGAUAACGUUCUGCUGUGUGUUUAGCGUACAAUCCAGAGCCUCACAUAUCGCUGCAAAAUCAAAAGAAAGUAACAAGGAGUUUUCUUUUAAAGAAACGCUAACUUUAUUUUGUAUUGUAACAUUAUUUUCAUGACAUUUUAGCACUAUUGUUCUUAAAUUCUCAUUACCGUAAUGCUAAAAAUCAUUCGCAUAACCAUAAUGUAAAAAAAGCACUAAUUUUUAUUUCCAUUAUGCAAAACAGAAACCUUUUCAGCUCUGAAAUUCGAGUAAUGUAUUGUUGUCAUGUUUUUUUAAAAUACAUGAUAUCCUGUACGAAAAUAGGAAGUCAGAUGUCCAGGGUUGUGUUGUGGUAAUGAGAAUAUUGAAGAUGGUUGUUUGCUUAAUUUGUUACGAAAGUAAUGUCACAAUGCAAAAAAGCUUUAUGAUACUAAAAGAGGAUGAUCAAAUGUAAUUCUGAUAGCUUCUCUUUUUGAUUUUGGUGUGAGUUUUUGUGAGACUCGCACAGGAAGGAUCGGCCUUAUAACAACAGCAGUGCGUUUAGUCAUUGCUCAUGCAUGUCACAAAUCCACAUGGCAGAGCGUCGCUCGCUCCUUUGCAAUAAGCCUUCAUUCUUCUCAUCAGCUCAUUUAUUUAGUGUUUCUGUGAGUCACAAUGGCGUUUGAGUCUCAUGAUUGUUCACUUUGCUACUUUUUUAUGUUUUUGCGUUCAUGUUUUUUUUUCUUUGCUGUCGAUUUCAUGUCCUUGUUGAGUUGCAUCUCACAGUCUGGGAAUGAAGGGCCUCGUUGACGCCCGACGGGUGUUUCUGGGUCAGGCGCUUCAUUCCCAGACCGUAGGCACCCU